CUCAAACCAUAUAAAACUACAUCCGGCUCUAAAAGAUACAUAACAUAGCCUAACUUGCACGACUUGCAGCAUUGGGUUGGAGAAAACAUAUUAUUCUUCUAAAAAUGCCCAAGACCUUUUUCUUGAAGCCGUUUUUCUUUUUAUAUCGCAUUUUCUUUCGGAAACUCAGAGGUUUCCCCAGAAGUGUGAGCAGCAACAGCCAUGCAACCAGCCUAUCAUCAAGCCAGUCUAAAAAUCGGAAGUCGUUCAGUUCUCUUCACUCCCAAAGAUCAAACCUCACAAACCAAACUCUGAUCGUCUUCAACGUCGAAGGAGCUCUGCUGAAAGCAUCUUCUUUGUUUAAUUACUUCAUGCUCGUGGCUUUUGAAGCUGGAGGUUUCGUAAGGGCACUCGUUCUUUUCCUAUUAUGGCCUAUCAUAUUUCUCGUCGGUGACAAAUUAGGGUUGAAAAUAAUGGUGAUGGUCUGCUUCUUUGGGGUUAAGAAAGACAGCUUUAGAGUUGGCACAGCUGUUUUGCCUAAGUUCUUCUUGGAAGACGUUGGGUUGGAAGCCUUUGAGGUGCUUCAAAGAGGUGCAAAGAAAAUUGCUGUUAGUAAGCUACCACAAGUAAUGAUUGAGAGCUUCUUAAAAGACUACUUGGAGAUCGAUAUGGUGGUUGGGAAGGAGUUAAAGGUGUUUGGUGGAUACUUUUUGGGUAUCAUGGAAGAAGAGGAGAAUAGAAAUAUUGUUUCGCCGCUUUUGGAAGAACUAGAACGUGGUGGACAUGAUAGUAUGGCCUUUGAUACAAUUGGUAUCUCUGCCUCCAACAAAUUUCGCUAUCACCAAUUAUUCUCUUAUUGCAAGGAUGUUUAUCUAGUGGGAGACUCAGAUAAGAGGAGCUGGAAGAACCUACCCAGAGACAGAUACCCAAAGAAGGUCGUUUUCCAUGAUGGUCGAUUAGCUCUCACACCAACCCCACUUGAAACCCUGGCAGUACUAAUGUGGGCACCAAUAGGGAUAGCCGUAGCAAUCUUCAGAAUCAUCGUUGGGAUAUCACUGCCUUACCACGUGUCACUCCCUCUGCUAGGUUUCAGUGGUCUGCAACUGACUGUGGGUGCUCCUAAACUCCGGAAACAAACCCUUCCAACGGACAAGCCUAGAGGUGUGCUUUACGUUUGUAACCAUAGAACGCUGCUAGACCCUCUCUACCUUUGCUUCGCAUUGAAGAAAAACCUACACGCAGUAACGUACAGCCUAAGCAAGAUGUCUGAGAUCCUCUCACCAAUCAAGACCGUCCGAUUAACAAGAAAUCGCCAUCAAGACGGAAAGAUGAUGGAGAAGUUGUUGAAUCAAGGGGACGUCGUUGUCUGCCCCGAAGGAACGACGUGUCGUGAACCUUACCUCCUUAGGUUUAGUCCUUUAUUUUCAGAAAUUAGUGACGAAAUAAUUCCCGUUGCAAUCACCACCCACGUCAGCAUGUUCCAUGGCACAACUGCCGGUGGGCUCAAGUGCCUGGAUCCACUUUUCUUCACCAUGAACCCCUCACCGAUCUACACCGUUCAGUUGCUGGAGAAGGUAUCCGGGCUGUCCACCUGUCGUGAUGGGGAUAGAUCAAACUUUGAUGUCGCUAAUUACGUGCAAGGUGAGAUUGGUAAGGCAUUAGGGUUUGAAAGCACCAAGUUUACAAGGAGAGAUAAAUACUUGAUUUUAGCCGGGAACGAAGGUAUUGCUUCCAAAUGUACAAUUUAAAUCCCGAGCAAUGCCAAAGGGCCGUUAUUUCAGACUACAUUCAAGUGAACCACAUUGAAACUUCGAAAGUGAUAUCGACUUGUUGCCCUUGUGUCCAUUUAAUUCUUCGCUUUUCUUUCAAGCUAAUGUAGUAUUAUUGAUUGAUGAUACAAUUAAGUAUAGACUAGGGUUUUCCUUUAUCAAGUACUUUUUUCUUUUCUUUCCUACAUUAUCUAUAGAAUAUAUUGUAUGCUCCAACCAUGUACUUUCGCUCAAAUUUGUAAUUAAAUAUAGGUCAUGACUUCUCAA